CGUGCGCUACAUUCGGUAUCUGUUUCUCCAAAGCGAAUCUCGCAUCCUCAUCUUCAUUAAUUCAUAAUACCGGUGCCGACGGAAGCGCCAUCAGAAGUCUCCAGCUACGAGUAAAGGUCCCCAGCGAGUUCCCCGGCUCUGGAGACUGGGCUCAAGUAUCGGUACUGCCACCUCGUCCUGCCAACAUCGCAUGAGCUCGCUGAGCUGCUAGGCGUUCCCAUCCUCUCGCGGAUUGCAACUCUUUUGGGAAUAGCUCUGCAGGGAUCAUCACUGUUACUGUUGCCCUAACUAACUAACCGACCCCGGGAAUUUCCAACGUCGAGAAACCUCACCCCAAUCAUCUUCACCGAACACGUCCUUGUUUGGAACCCAAACCAUAGCAGGACGCACUUGCCCCACCCCGACUCAAGAACUGGUGCUCGACAUUUUUAUGACACAGCCUUCUGGAACGUGAGUUACGUGUUCGUGGGCCAAGUUACGGUAGUUCCCCCCCGCAAAAUCUAGUGCCGUGGAGCCAUCAAUUAUACUUUAAGUGAAUCACUCAUUUAUUUCCCAUUCCGGAGAGUUUAAAAAACGACGGGUGCACUAUAUACAAUCAGACCAGACGGAGCUGCAGACACAUAGAAAGGUCAGGCGAUAGGACUCUGGGGUUCUCGCUGACGCGCUACCGAGGAGCUCAUCGUCUAAGUGUUGGGGAGCGAUUUACGCGUCGCUUGUUCGAAGAGCAAUUUCGAGGAUUCAUCCCGCGAAUCGGACUUUGGGAAAUUUGGGCGGGUGAGUUAUGGUUGGCGUUCCUGGGCGAUCGAAGGGCUGUAAUACCUGUCGCAAGCGGAAGAUUGGGGUAAGCUAUAUAUCAUCUCAGAUUAUGCACCUCAUGCACGAACCCAGGGGCUUCUGGAACAGAAGGUGGCCAACGUGCCCCACCUUGAUUCGCUACCGCUCCAUCCUCUCUUUUAUCCGACGGAUUGACAUGACAGGUCGGAUUCUGAAGGGUUGGGAAUCGGAGGGGGAUGGUGUAGAUCGGAUCUUAUAACACCCCCUUUCCCUCCACAUCGCUAUUGCGUCUAUUGCCGGGCUGGCGACAAGGCUAAUUAUCGAAAAGUGUGAUCAGAAAAGGCCAGAAUGUGGAAACUGCAUAAAAUCGAAUAGGGUGUGCGCGGGAUAUCACCGUGCGGUCGUGUUCCGUAAUGCAACUGGUCCAGGACUCAAUCCAAAUGCAACCAAAGCUUUGGUGUCUUCAGAUCCGCGGGCUGGCUCAUCGGAUGAUGACGGCUCUUCUAAUAGCGCUUCUGCUAAGGAUGUUAUCCCGGUAAGCCCUAGACGCUUGGUUAGAGAAGUGGGUUUCACAAUCUCUGUUUCUCCACCACCGCAACCGCAUUAUCGAACCGCACUCCUAGCGUGUUUUCUGGAUGGAUGUGUACCGCCCGAUGGUCCGUCAUCUGGGGUCCCUUCGGUAUGGGUUCACGCAAUUCCCCGCGCUAUAAAUUGUGGCGUUCAGGUUUUGGAUACCUCCGCAAUGGCAGUGUGCACCGUAUUUUUCGGCCGGCAGAGCAGGGACGAGCGGAUCGUCAAGGAGAGUACAAAGAUAUACACAAGGGCCUUGGCGCAGCUGAAUGCCGCACUCUCGAACAAGACCAUGCAUACCCGUGACGAGACAUUAGCGGCGACCAUGUUGUUGGGCAUGUACGAGACGAUGGGGUGUGCAGAUCCGCUCACGUGGCAGCGACAUGCAGACGGUAUGGAGUUAUUAGUUCGAGUGAGAGGGCCGGAAGCUCAUACUACCGAAUUGGGCCAUCGUUUAUUUACCAGUUUUCGUGGUACUAGUUUAACCAACUCACUUGUGAGCUGCAAACGCAACUUCCUUGCGUCCAAAGAAUGGCUCACCAUCCCCUGGACCAAGACCCAAAAGACCCCGAUGCAGCAACUACAAGACCUGCAUUUGGAACUCCCGGGUAUUCUCGAAGCUCGACGCGCACUCCCGCGCUCCGCUCAUCCCUCGCUGCUCAGGCGGUGCCUAGAUUUUAAGGCCAAGCUGGAAGCAUGGUAUGAAAACUUUAUAUCCACCCCCAGCGCGCACCACUGGCUAGAGUUCUCCGCCUUAAACAUUGACCCCCCGGUCUUCCCUACCUGCUACCGGUUCCCCAACAUCGGAGUUGCAAACACUUACACCUUCUACUGGGCAAACCUAAUAGUUCUAAACUACACAAUAAUCGGAUUAACCCCUGCCUGUCAAUCGCCUCUUGUAACGACGGAUGAAAUAUACGACCUAGCGGCGCAAAUAUGUAUGUCUGUAGAGUACUUUGUCGCUCCAGAGAGGAAGUCAUACGGUCCAGUGCUCACCAUGUACCCACUGAGGGUUGCCACGGGGUGUUUUAUGAGGAUGGGGGCGAGGGGGAAGAAGAGUACCCUUUGGUGCAAAGCGAUUUUUGGAGUUUUGGGAGAACGGGGGGUUAUGCUUGCGAAGAUGCUGGAGAUGGUGGUAUGGGAGAAUAAGGAGACUGAGGAGGCUGAGAGUGUUGGGACGGUUCAUGAAUGGGCAAAGAAGGAGUUUUGGGGACGGGUGGAAGAGGGGCUGGAUGAGCCGGAAACGGAGAUGUAG